UGAGUGUGUUGAGCUGCAGAGACGUGCCCAGGGUGGUUAACCAUGCUCACUAAGUGGGAGAAAGACUCUGCCCAGGACACAAGAUGAAGGUGGAGAGGAAGACCUCCUCUACAGGCGACAGUUUUACUGACAUUCCUCCGCUACUGACGCUGUUUGGCCUCCUCCUCCUUCUCUUCACAGGUGAGGUGUCAGGGGUGAAUGUGACCAGCCAAACCCAAGUGGUGAGGGGCACGGUGGGCAGAGAGGCCCUUUUGUCGGUCAGCUACUCAAGCAGCAGCUCCGACAAGCCUGUGAUUAAGUGGCAGCUGAAGAGGGACAAAGAGAAGCCGAUUACUGUUGUGCAGUCCAUAGGAACAGACAUCAUAGGGAACCUGAGGCCGGAGUACCGUAACCGUAUCCUGGUGUUUGAGAAUGGGUCACUGCUGCUUCACAACCUGCAGCUGUCAGAUGAGGGGGCGUACGAAGUCGAGAUCUCCAUCACAGAUGACACCUUCACUGGAGAGCACUACAUUGAGCUCACUGUGGACGUCCCCGUGUCCAGACCUUACAUCCAGAUGAUGGCUUCGUCUGUCCUGGAGUACAGCGAGCACUUUAACCUCCACUGUUCCCACGAUAACGGCACAAAGCCCAUCUACGGUUGGCUGAAGGGAGGCAAGGUGCUGAACAAUGACACACGUCUGCUGCUUUCACAUGACCAAAAGGUGCUGACCAUCUCACGAGUUGUGAUGUCAGAUGAUGACAUUUACGCCUGCACGGUGGAGAACCCCAUCAGCAGCAUGAAGAGCAUGCCUGUCAGGCUCACUGUCUACAGACGGAGCUCGCUAUACAUCAUCCUGUCCACCGGGGGCAUAUUCCUCCUCAUCACCCUGGUGACAGUGUGUGCCUGUUGGAAACCCUCCAAAAAGAAGCAUCGACCGGUCCCCCAAAGAGCUCCCAUCUAUGUGGAGCAGAGUGAAAAUGGCCAUGAUGUUGAUGUUGUUCCCAAACCAACUACACUUGGUCGAAGGAGUCCCAUGCCUCUGUAUGUUCUCAAUGAAGAUGAGACUCUGGAGCGUUUAGAAGAAUGUUCUGGCAAUGCUGCCAUCCAAUCAGAAAUGAAUAUCCCUGCCACCUAUGCUCCCGUCCUUCCCCCCUCCUCUAAUAGAACUGAGCGGCCCAUCUGGUCUACCCCACGCAGAUACCCCCGCAGCCCCUCUCCUCUAGCACAGCCACUUCCCCAACCCCUUCCAGGUCCUCCCCUGCGCCCUCUCCGCUCACCUGCUCACUCCCCAGGUUCAUCUCCACGCAGUUUCAGCCCGAUAAGAAAAGUCCGUCCACCAGUAGGCAUCCCUACCAGCCACCUGCCUGUAGAGGCGGAGUGUCCAGAGCCCUGUGAUCAAACUCACUGUCCAUCACAGCAGUGACACCUGCUCGGGGUUACGUUUUCAUGUUGUAAUUUGUCAAGUACACGUGUAGUUAGUUGCAUCCUGCCAUAAGGAGAAUGGAGUCGAUGCACUAGGAUAAGAAACGAGUUCACCUUCAGCUAACUCUUUGUCUCCAUAUGCCAUUAUUUAUCAUCUAUUUCUUUACAGCUAUGCACAAUUUUUCUAUAAUCUUUUGAUGACAUUGUCAUUAUGAAAAUUUAAAUUCUGUCCACCAGCGUGUAGUAUAUCGUGUAUAUGAUGCUGAGACAGUAAAGAAUUUCCAGCUCUGGUAUAUAUUUUCUUUCUGGAUGAAUUAUGAAUUUUCCUGGGAGCUUUGAUAAGUACCUGUACAUAUGUAAGUUAAUAGCUCUGAGUCAGGUGUUUAUUUUUUCUUUUCUUUUCUUUUUUGGUUUGU